AUGCCGCCGAAGAAAGCGCCGGCGGGUCCCAGCAAAAAAACGGAACAGAAGAAGAAGGAAAAAGUUAUUGAGGACAAGACCUUUGGCUUGAAGAACAAGAAGGGAAACAAGCAGCAAAAGUUCAUACAGCAAGUGCAGAAGCAGGUGCAGGCCGGCGGCCAUCAUCCACGUCCGGAAGGCGACAAAAAGAAAGAUGAGAAGGAAAAGAAAUUGGCUGAGCAGCGUGAGAUGGCAUUGAUCUUCAAGCCGGUGCAGACACAAAAGGUGGAAAAGGGAACUGAUCCCAAGUCUGUGGUGUGUGCGUUCUUUAAGCAGGGACUCUGCACCAAGGGAGACAAGUGCAAGUUCUCCCACGACCUGACCCUGGAGAACAAGGUGGAGAAGCGCUCCAUGUAUGUUGAUAUGCGCGACAACGAAGACGACCUCAUGACCAACUGGGACGAUGCCAAGCUCAAGGAAGUUGUGGACAAGAAACAUGCUGAGGAAAAGCGACGACCCACUACUGAAAUCAUUUGCAAGUACUUCCUGGAAGCUGUGGAGAAGUCCAAGUACGGUUGGUUCUGGGAAUGUCCCAACGGAGAGAAGUGCAUCUAUCGUCACGCCUUGCCGCCCGGUUACGUGCUGAAGCGAGACAAGAAGAAGGAGGAUAAGCCCACGGAAAUCUCGCUGGUCGAUUUGAUUGAGAAGGAACGCGCCGCUCUGGGCUCCAACCAAACGCGAGUUACCCUGGAAACCUUCUUGGCAUGGAAGAAACGUAAGCUGACGGAGAAGAAGGCCAAGAUGGUCGCUGAGGAGGAGCGCAAGAAGAGCGAUUUCAGCAAGGGCAAACAGUUUGGUAUCUCUGGUCGUGAAAUGUUCAGCUUUAAUCCGGACCUCGUUGACGAUGGACCCAUCGAGGAGGGCGAUGCCGCCUUUGAUAUCUACAACCGUGAGGACGACGAUGAUGAUAAUGCCUUCGAGUUCAAGGAGCUCGAUCUGGCUGCCCUUUCGCUGGCUGCCAAGGAAGUGGAUGGCUCUGGCACCAUAGCAUCUAGCACCAGGCUGCUAGAUCAAGCCACGGAAGCAGCCAAAACCGCAGCCGCAGAGGACGGAGCGGCUUCUGAGGACAACGAUGAGAACCCAUCAUCGUCUGCACCCGCCAACGAUGCUGCUCCCAUCAACAAAGAUCUCUUUGUUGAUUUGGCCGGCGAACUGGAUGACUUGGAUCUAGAUGAUGACGAUGACUAGGCUUGCUCAAUUCAAUUCUUUCUAUUUUGAUUUGUCAAAUCCAAAUGCGUUCAUAUAGAUUUCUGCCUUUAGCUACUUUCUGAUCAAUAAAACUGUAGCUUUCAAAUGUUGCAUUUCUGAAAA